AUGAAGUCGUCGUCAGUGCUCUCCAUUGCUCUUAUUGUUCUUGUGAUCGUUCAAUUGAUCUCCGCUUCCGUCGCAUCGGUUCCAUCGUCGGCAGACGGACAGAUUGAUUACGAUGCGUUGGCGGCAAAGAUCGAAAUGCUGCGACCAAACCGCUACUGGAAACGUGCUCACAACAUCGACACGCGUGCUCUGAAUCAAUUCAAGAACUGCUACUUCUCGCCAAUUCAAUGCGUCCUCAUGGAACGUCGUCGUAAAUAG